AUGGCAUUGACUUUCAGUGUAUCUUCAGACUUCCUAGGAGAACAACGGGAAGACGCACUUGGAUCGCACGAUCCCAGUACAAGGGUUACUGUUGCCAAUCGUGAAGAAUACGUUCAGCUGUACAUAAACUAUAUUCUGGAAGUGUCGGUACGCGAGCAAUACUCUGCUUUUGAGGAGGGAUUCUAUCGGUGUGUGGAUAAAGCGACGAUCUCCUUGUUCCGGCCUGAAGAGUUGCAGCUGCUGCUUCUGGGGAAGGAGGAGGAACUUGACGUAUCAUUGCUUCAAAAGGCAGCAACUUAUCAAGACGGCUACACAGAGGAUUCCCCUGCAGUCUCAAUGUUUUGGAGUGUCUGUCGAGGCUUCAGCCCGGAAGAGAAAAAGAAAUUACUCAUGUUCAUUACGGGAUCGGAUCGCAUUCCCUUGGGAGGGCCUCAGUCCUUGCGUCUCACGAUUGGGCGUAGUGGGCCGGAUACUGAUCGGUGA